AUGGAGAGCUUCCUGCUCCUGCAUUUACUCUUUGCAACAUUUUCUUCAGCAUUUCCUACAGACCGGAAGGUGGAGGAGGAGGAAAAUGCAAGGUUUGCUCAGGCAUAUCUGAACCGGUUCUACCGUCUUGAGUUAGAAGAGAGUCGUCUUGUUCAGAGCAAGAACAGGAGUGUCACAGAUGGCAAAAUUCGGGAAAUGCAAGCAUUCUUCGGCCUGACAGUGACUGGAAAACUGGACCCGAGCACUCUUGAGGUCAUGAAGACCCCCAGGUGUGGGGUGCCUGACGUGGGCCACUAUGGCUACACUCUCCCUGGUUGGAGAAAAUACAACCUCACUUACAGAAUCAUAAACUAUACUCCAGACAUGGCACACGCUGAUGUGGAUGAGGCGAUCCAGAAAGGCCUCGAAGUGUGGAGCAAAGUCUCUCCACUAACAUUUACCAGGAUCUCCCAGGGAAUUGCGGAUAUCAUGGUCGCCUUCAGGACUCGAGUCCACGGCCAGUGUCCUCGAUUUUUUGACGGCCCCCUGGGAGUCCUUGGUCACGCCUUUCCUCCUGGUCUGGGUCUGGGCGGAGACACUCACUUCGAUGAGGAUGAAAACUGGACCAAGGAUACAACAGGAUUCAACUUAUUUCUUGUGGCUGCCCAUGAAUUUGGCCAUUCUCUGGGGCUCUCUCACUCUAACGACCAAACAGCCCUGAUGUUCCCCAAUUAUGUCUCCCUGGAUCCCAGCAAAAACCCACUUUCUCAAGAUGAUAUCAAAGGAAUCCAAUCUAUCUAUGGCCUGCCUGAGGUACCUGUGAAGCCAAGGAAACACACUGUUCCCCAGGCCUGUGACCCUGACUUGACUUUUGAUGCUAUCACUACUUUUCGCAGAGAAGUCAUGUUCUUUAAAGGCAGGCACCUCUGGAGGAUAUAUCUCGAUAUCACUGAUGUUGAAUUUGAAUUAAUCUCUUCAUUCUGGCCAUCUCUGCCAAAUGACAUUCAAGCUGCAUAUGAGAACCCCAAAGAUAAGAUUCUGGUUUUUAAAGAUGCUGCCUUCUGGAUGAUCAGAGGCUAUGCUGUUUUGCCGGAUUAUCCCAAAUCCAUCUAUACACUCGGCUUUCCAAAAUAUGUGAAGAAAGUUGAUGCAGUUCUCUGUGAUCACAGCACUAAAAAAACCUACUUUUUCGUGGGCAUAUGGUUCUGGAGGUAUGACGAGGCGACCCAAACCAUGGACAGGGGUUACCCACGGAGGGUGAUCAAACACUUCCCAGGAAUUGGUCUCCGGGUCGACGCUGCUUUUCACCACAAAGGAUUCUUUUAUUUCUUCUGCAAAUCAAAGCAAUUUGAAUAUGAUCCCAAAGCAAAGAAUGUUACCCGAGUAAUGAAAACCAACACAUGGUUUCGAUGUAAAACCCCAUUAAAUGCAUCUGAUUUUUAUAUCAAGGAAAAAGUACAUUCAGGAGGAAUACAGAUGUUUUGUAAUAAUUUAAACUUGUUUAUUUUAAGUAUUGGGUAUGUACUGAAAAAAGUCUCCAGUAAUCAGUAA